AGCCGCCUGGAGCCCAUGGACACCAUCUUUGUGAAGAAUGUGAAGGAAGAUGGGCCUGCGCACCAGGCUGGCCUCCGCACAGGAGAUCGGCUUGUCAAGGUGAACGGGGAGAGCAUCAUCGGGAAAACCUACUCCCAGGUCAUAGCGCUGAUCCAGAACAGUGAGGAUGCCUUGGAACUCUCCAUCAUGCCCAAAGACGAGGACGUCCUCCAGCUGGCCUAUUCUCAGGAUGCCUACUUGAAGGGCAAUGAACCCUACUCCGGGGGAGCCCAGAGCAUCCCGGAGCCACCUCCCGUCUGUUACCCUCGGAAGACCUACCCGUUCCAGUCCAGGGCUCCCAGCCGGGAGGCGAUGGUAGCCGAGCCUUUGCAGGGACAGCAGGCGGACGGCAGAUCCUACCGGCCUGCUCCUUCAGGCCCAUCUUUCCCCUUGAACAGCGCGGCGUUCGGCAGCUCCAUGCCCAGCACGUGGAACGAGGCCAGAAGCGACGCCACUCGGGAGAUCGGCAGCACCCAUUCCAGCCCGGCCCACCGCACAGAGGAGAUCCAGUAUGGAAUGGCCCAGCCGAGGCCCGGGAUGCCCGUCGCAAGGCCGGUCCCAGCCCCCGGCUCCUUCUCGCGCGUCUCCAACACCAGCUUUGCAGGUCCCCUUGCUUCUUCCUUGCCAGAGAGGUACGGUGUCCCGACUGCUUCCUCCAUGGCCAGCCAGGCCUGCUACGGGGUCCCCAGGCACCUCCCAGACCAUCGGACUCACUGCGGUUUCAAGGAUGGCCGGGAUGUUAGCAUGGGGCCUGGCGGCCCAGGCCGUCCCUCCUGGGAGUAUCUGGGCGGCUCCAAGGCCGUCAGCCGGCUGGAGUGCCAGCAGGCGCUCUCCAACUGGCUGUCCAGCCAGGUGCCAGGCCGGAGCGCCUCGGAAGAGCGGAGGUACGCCAUGCCACCCCGGUACCGCAGCGUCUCUCAGGACCGCCUGGGAGACACCCCGGCCUCCAGAGGCUGGCCCCACAGUGCCUCGCAAGACACCUUGCUCCAGCCCAGCCACGACAGCUGGGGCUACCGGGCCCGGUCCGACAACUCUCUGGGGAGGUACGGGCGCUCCAUGGAGGCGCUGGAGCAGAGCGCCCUGGUCUCGCCCCGCUUGGACAAGUGCACGUGGCUGCCGGAGAAUUCGUACGCCCCCUCCUGCUCCUCUAGAGAGCCUCCCCCCGCCCACGUGCAGAAACACCCUUCCCAGCCCAACCUGCAGAGCGUCGACGACUCGGGGUACAUUGGGUAUAGGAGCUACAGCCCCUCCUUCCAGCGCAGGACUGGCCUACUCCAUGCACUCUCCUUCAGGGACCCUAUCUUUGGUGGCCUUCCAGUGUUCAAUAUAUCGCAAAGGCAAGGAACCCAACCAGCACCUUACCCGGACAGGUCCCCGUCACUGCCAGUUGCCGCCCCCCCUGGCCCGGAGCCCCCACCGGGCAGUGGGCCCGAGAUCCCCAAGGACCAAAGAACCCCCAGCCAAGACAGCGGCGCCAGGUCUCUCCAGCCGCCUCUGCCUCGGCCCGAGGCGGAGGAGAGGAAAGAGGAGGUGGUCCUCAGGCAGAAGCCCCCCACGGGCCGCAAGGCGCCGGCCCCCGCCAGGCAGAUGAACUUCAUCUUCCCCGACCACAUGAAGGAAACGGACAUUUGUGACCCGCCGCUGAGCUGCAAAGGGGACAAGCCGGCGGCGGAGCGGCCCGCCUGGCGGGUGGCACCAUUGGCAGUGCCAGAGGAUUCCCUGGCAUCCAUUCCAUUUAUAGACGAGCCGACGAGCCCCAGCAUCGACCUGAAGGCAAAGCACAUCCCUGCCUCCUCCGUCGUCUCCAGCGCCGUGAACUCUGCCCCCGCCAUCACCGGCAGCCCCUCCUCACCCACCUUCACCUUCGCCAUCAGCCGCCAUUACUCCCAGGACUGCAGCAGCAUCAAAGCCAGCCGCCGAUCCUCCUACCUCCUGGCCAUAACAACAGAGCGCUCCAAGUCGUGUGACGAUGGUCUGAACACAUUUCGUGAUGAGGGGAAGAUCCUAAGGAGGAUGCCAAGCCGGGUGCCGAGUCUGCGCAUGCUGAGGAGUUUCUUCACGGAUGGGUCUCUGGACAGCAUCGGAAUGUCUGAAGACACGAGAUCAAAGAGGCACUCGACCUCCGACCUCUCGGACGUGACUUUCAGCGACGUGAGGAAAGAAGGCUGGCUCCACUACAAACAGAUCCUCACCAAAAAGGGGAAGAAAGUUGGCGGGGGCAUCCGGCAGUGGAAGCGCGUCUUCGCCGUUCUCCGCACACACUCCCUUUACCUGUGCAAGGACAGGCGGGAGGCCGUGACCUACGCGCCGCCCCAAGGUGAGGAGGAGCAGCCGAUCAGCAUCCGAGCGUGCCUGGUGGACAUUUCCUACAGCGAGACCAAGAGGAAGCACGUCUUCCGGCUGACGACCGCUGACUUCUGUGAAUAUCUCUUUCAGGCAGAGGAUCGGGACGACAUGCUGGCCUGGAUCAAAGUCGUCAGGGAGAACAGCAAGGCCGAGGGCGAGGACCCUGGGUUUGCAAGCCAAGCGCUUAUCAACAAGAAGCUAAAUGACUACCGGAAAGUGAGCCCCUCUGGAACGAAACCAGACUCUUCCCCCAAGGGCUCGCGCGGGCUGGGGAUCAAGGCCGAGUUCCUGAAGCAGACGGGGACGAGCGGUCUCACUCUUCGGACACUGACCCGGAGUUUGGUUCUAGAUGACGGUGCCCCCCAGAAAGCCCCUUGGGGCAUCAACAUCAUGAAAAAGAACAAGAAAUCUGCUCCGCGGGCCUUCGGCGUCAGGCUGGAGGACUGCCAGCCCGCCCCAGCCAACAAGAACGUCCCGCUGAUCGUGGAGGCCUGCUGCAAGGUGGUGGAGGACAAGGGGCUGGAGUACAUGGGCAUCUACCGCGUGCCCGGGAACAACGCCGUGGUGUCCAGCCUGCAGGAGCAGCUCAACAAGGGAAGCACCGAGAUCAACCUGCAGGACGAGAGAUGGCAGGACCUGAACGUCAUCAGCAGUCUGUUGAAAUCCUUCUUCCGGAAGCUCCCGGAGCCCCUGUUCACAGACGAUAAGUACAACGACUUCAUCGAAGCCAACCGGAUAGAAGAUGCCAGCGAGAGGAUGAAGACGUUGCGGAAACUGAUCCGGGACCUGCCGGGGCAAUACUACGAGACGCUCAAGUUCCUGGUGGGGCACCUGAAGACCAUCGCGGACCACUCCGAGAAGAACAAGAUGGAGCCCCGGAACCUGGCCCUGGUCUUCGGCCCCACGCUGGUCCGCACGUCCGAGGACAACAUGACGGACAUGGUGACGCACAUGCCAGACCGCUACAAAAUCGUGGAGACCCUCAUCCAGCACUCGGACUGGUUCUUCAGCGACAAGGAGGACAAGGGGGAGAAGACCCCUGUGGACGAGAAGGAGGCGCAGUCGGUGCCGAACAUCGAGUACCUGCUCCCCAACAUCGGGAGGACGGUGGUGCCAGGGGACGCCUCAGAUUCAACCAACAGCAGCUCUGCCAAAUCGAAGGGCUCGGGGGUGCCCCGGAAGGAUCAGUACAACAAGGAGCUGCUCGCCAUCUCCUUCAUCGCCGCCGUCAACCGCAAGAGGAAGAAGCGGCGGGAGGCCAAGCGUUUGGGGAGCAGCACGGACGACGACUCGGAGCACGAGGCCACCAAGGGCGCCAGCAAAGGCAGAGCCGAGGAGGCCAGGGGCGGGGGCGCGGAGGAGGAAGAGGCCAAGGGGCCAGGGUGCGGCGCGGCCCCCGGAGAGCCAGGCCCCACGCGCGACGCUCCGAGCCGCCGACCAGCGCCGGACGCCCGGUCCAUCGUCUCGGGCUAUUCCACCCUGUCCACCAUCGACCGCAGCCUGUGCUCGGAGGUGCAGUCGGUGGCCGAGAGCCGAGGUGACGAGGCGGACGACGAGCGCAGCGAAUUCAGCCACGUGGAGACGGACACGGAGAGCAGCUUCCUGCUGGGGAGGGCGGGGCCGGGCGCCGGGCAGGGGCCCGAGGCGGAGAGCGGCGAGAAGGAGAAACUCGCCCGGGCCUCCUUCAACUCCCACCGGCUCAUCCAGUGCGACACGCUGGCCCGCAGGAAGCUGGCGCGGCCCCGGCCGGACAGCGAGUCGUCCACCAAGGGCAGCCAGGAGUCCCUGCAGCCCCUGGGGGCCGGCGGGGAGCCGUGGGGCAGCGGGGCCCCAGCCAGGCCCUCGCUGACGGAGCAGAUCCGCCUGCGUCUGCGCGGCUCGGCCGACGACAUGCUGGCCGUGCGCCUGCGCAAGCCCCACUCCCCGGAGACGCGGCGCAAGAAGAGCUCCUGGAGGCGCCAUACGGUGGUGGUGCCCGGCGGCCUGAAGGACCUCAACUUCAACGAGUGGAAGGAGCAGCAGACGCCGGGCCAGGGACCCCCCGUGGGUCCCGAGCUCUGCCCCCCGGACACCAGCGCCUCCUGCAGGGACCUGCACAGAGACAACAAGGACUCGGGCCUCAGCAGCCUGGAGUCGACCAAGGCCAGGCCCUCCUCGUCCUCGGCACUGAGCCACCAGGGCGGCUCUGGUGAGCAGCUGCACAGUAAGGGCCCGGAGGGGAACCCUGGCGACCGGGGCCCGGCUCCCACCCGCGCAGCUUCCUUCCGCUUCCACCAUUGUCUCUAACCCCCGCGUCCCUCUGG